AUGGUCUCUCUCAAAGAGGUUUCAAGUGCGAUCAAGGAUCUCAAGCUCUCCAACGGAUCCUCGGAGUUCGGUGGCUCCGGUAUCUCGAAAUACUUGCCAGUCUCAGACCCUACAGAAAGCUUUUGGCAAACGCAGCACGAUGAACUCAAGGAUCAUCGCUCGACAGAACAUCUACCUGAGCAUAGCGAUGUCGUGAUAAUCGGCGCUGGAUACGCUGGUGUCAGCACAGCUUAUCACCUUACUAAGGAUCAUGGCGAUGCCACGCAAUCAAUCACCAUUUUGGAGGCGCGAGGCGCAUGUUCCGGCGCAACUGGUCGAAAUGGCGGCCAUCUAAGACCAGAUCUUUAUGGUCAUAUUCCGACAUAUGUCGAUCGCGCUGGCCUGCGAGCGGGCGCUGAGAUAGCCGAAUUCGAGAUUGCCCACGUCAAGGUCAUCAAAAAAUUGAUCGAAGAGGAGAAAAUUGAUUGUGAUUUUACCCUUACCAGGUCGAUUGACGUCUGGUGUAAUGAAGAAGCCGCGAAUAAUGCGAAAGCCAUCUAUGAUCAAUUGGUGGCAUCUGAUUUGGAAUAUAUGAAUGAUGUUAUUUUCCAUACUGGUGAAAAGGUCGAGAGUAUCUGUGGAGUAAAGGGUGCCAUAGCAUGUGCUUCAUACACCGCUGGCACCAUCUGGCCAUACAAAUUCAUCCUACACAUCAUCAAGUUGGCACUUGCGACGGGCAAAGUCAACCUUCAGACGUAUACUCCGGCAACUUCAAUAACACCCGAUCCCAAAGGUGGCUUCAUCAUCGGCACCCCACGUGGGCAGAUACACGCCAACAAAGUCGUCCAUGCGAGCAAUGCCUAUGUUCCGGGCCUACUGCCAGAAUAUGAGAACAAUAUCGUCCCCUGUAAGGGAAUCUGCUGUCGUAUAUCCGUUCCAGAGGGAACCACAGUCCCCCUUCUCAAUAACUCUUAUAUCAACCGAACCAAGGAUAAGGUGCUCUCGUAUCUCGUCCCGAGAGCCGAUGGUAGUAUUAUUGUCGGCGGUGCCGCCGCAACGUUCUACCCUUACCGGGACCAAUGGUACAACAACGUCGACGACAGUGUCCUCAUUGAAGCCGCCAAGGAUUAUUACACGGGCUACAUGCAACGAACCUAUCGAGGCUGGGAGAACACCGGCGCAAAGGUCGAUAAGAUUUGGACCGGGGUGAUGGGCUAUUCAUACGAUUCCAACCCCCAUAUUGGCGUUGUUCCGGAUAAGCCAGGCCAAUUCAUUCUCGCCGGCUUUAAUGGCCAUGUUUAG